UCCACACCACUAUUGAAAAUAUACAAAAAGAAAAACCAAACCAAAACCAAAAGAAGAAGAGAAUCUCUCUCUCUCUCUCUCUCCCCUUCUCUCUCUCUUUGUUUGUGUUUCAAGCUUUCAAAACCUUUUCUUCCCAAACUCCCUCACAUGAAAACCAAAACCACAACAAAACCUUCCUCCCUUUCUUGAAAAAUGGUUCAAAGAAAGGUCCCAAACAAGCCUAGUAUCCAAACACAACAUGUUAUCAAAUCAGACAAAUUCUCAACAAACAUGAAACUAUCUUCAUCAUCAUCUUCAUCAUCAUCUUCUUCUCAUCAUCAAAACCAUGAUGAAAAAACUAAACUUUCCAAGAAAAUGAAGAAAUCAAACUCAACCAAACUCUCUCAUCUUGAGACUCUUCAACUUCAAACAACACCACUUUCAAGAAAAACAACAACAACAACAAAAGAUGUUUCACCAAAUUACAUGAAGCCCACAAGUAGUUCUCAAUCAAAAAAGGAACUUUUUCAUGUAAGUCUUAGAAAAACUCAAUCUUGUUCUGUUUCUAAGAAUCUUGCUACAAAAUUUUCAAGUGAUUAUUCAUGUAAAAAACCUAGUUUGAGUUUGGUUAGAACAUUAACAAAAACAACUAGUUUUAAGGGUUCUAGAAAUUCUCCUAGAAAAUCAACAAGGGCUACUUGUUCUUCCACUUUGAAAGAUUCAAACUUUCCUUCAUAUCUUGAGCUGAAUCAUGGUGGAACUGAGUUAGAGGGAAGUUCAGUUAUGAGGGUUUGUUCUUAUAGUUAUUGUUCUCUUAAUGGGCAUCAUCAUCAUCAUGGUGAUAAUUUGCCUCCUUUGAAGACUUUUGUGGCGUCGAGGAGGCGCGUUUUGAAGCGUGUGAAGCUCGAAGCGCUUAGUCCUCGAAGCCCUCGAAGUCGAAGAUUGAAGGCGAUGUGUGAGGUGGGAAAGAAGGACUGUGAUGUUGAGCAGAAUGUGUUUGAUGAAAAACCUGAAUGUGAUGAAAUUGAUAUGGAUUUCUUCCUUGAAAUCUAUGCUAGUGAAAGAAAAGAUGAGAAAUCGGAAGGGGAAGAAGAAAUUGGAAAAGUCGAGUUUUUGGAAGAGGUUGAGGGUUGUGAAGAUAUCAUCAAGUCUACAAUUGAAGAUGAUGGUGUAGAAGCAGAUUUUAUGAAAGAGGUUAAGGAUCAAGAGAAACGCGAAGAUGCUGAUGAAGAAGAGCAAUCUAGUUGGUCUCAUGAAGAAAUGAGUAUGGAAGAUGUUGACAAUAACACGGAUGAUUCUGAUUCCGAACGGUUCUAUGGAUUUGAUCAGGAACAUGAUGCGGAUUCUUCUGUUUACGCGGAUGAGGAAAAUGACUCGAAAGAUGAAUCUUUGUCCCAGAGUUCUCAUGAUGUAUCGGUGACAUGGUUAGACGAUAUCAUUAGCAGCUAUUACGAUGACAUUAUUCUGCUUGAUGGAUCACUCAAAGAAUCCAAAUCUGAAGAAAUCAUCUAUCUUGAAGAAGAAUCUCAUGAUGGCAUGAUUAGUUUUGUCCUUGACGACAAAAUUGGAAGCAACGAGACUCAAGAAAUCGGUUAUCCUACCACUGACGUCGAAUGUGACCGAUCUUCUUUGGCAGAUGAAACAUUUGAGUACCUAACAAAUUCUGAAGAGAAAGUUCAAGAGAACGAAGAUUUCAAGAGAGGGGAGAAAAACCAAAUUCAAUCGUCUCCGAAUGAAUUUGAACUUUGUCCGUUGAAGCUAACGGUGACAGACGAAACUCUUAACGUUGAUGUGAUAACUCAUGGACAGGAGGACCAUAUUCCAUUAGUCGAUGUUGUUGAAGAAAGCAUCAAAGAUAUUCAAAAUCAAGGAAGAGGUAAUAAAAGAGCAAGUUGCAUAGUUCACGAAGAGGAAAACGUGAGAGAGAGUCGGAAAGGUGUGAUUAGAAGAAAGAUGUGUGUUGACGACGAUGAUGAAAUGAGAAAAUUCAAUCCAAGAGAUCCGAAUUUCCUUCCACUGGUUCCUGAAAAAGAAAAGGAAAAAGUCGAUUUGAGGCAUCAAAUGAUGGACGAGCGAAAGAAUGCGGAGGAUUGGAUGGUUGAUUGUGCACUAAGGCAAGUUGUUAACAAGCUUGCUCCUGCUAGGAAGAAGAAAGUUGCAUUGCUAGUUGAAGCCUUUGAAACUGUUAUACCUAAAUGUGAAUCACAUUUGAGAAACAAUUCAAGGUUUGUUCAUGCAUGCUAGAUUGCAGCCGAUAAAUCCUGUUAAGAAUCAAAGAAUCAAAAAUACGCGAAGUGUUAUAUAUGGCACUUGAAGGAUGACCAGUCUCAAGGAGUGAUCUUCAUGAUCAAUUCUGAAGCCUGGAAGCAAUUAUGCAGCUUGGAGCUUUUAAGCACUUAAAAGUUGAAACUUCUAAGAUGGAAAAUGAAGCUCAAGAAAAGGAAUUAAUGGUUCCAACUUUAUAUGAUUA